AUGCUUUCCCAUAUCACAGUCUUCCUCGCUCUCGGAGCAAUUGCUCAAGCAGCUCCAACUCCAGCUCCAGCAGCUGCCUCUUCCGGUUCAGCCUCCCACAGUGUAACAGCAAUUCACAAUCCGAAUUAUGUUCGCAAUGGUACUGCAUCUUUGCUCAAGGCCUAUGCCAAGUACCACAUUCAGCCUACCCAACUAAUGUCUGAUGCGUUCAUGUCGGCACUCCAAAAGAGACAGGAUUCUUCUGCUCCAGCUUUCCCAGUCGAUCGUGUUGAGUAUCUCGUUCCUACUACCGUUGGAGGUCAAACUCUUAACCUUGAUUUGGACACUGGUUCGGCAGAUUUAUGGGUUUUCUCCUCUUUCCUAGCUGCCUCCUCUCGCAGAGGUCAUGACAUCUACACCUCAAGCAAGAGUUCCACAUUCAAGGCUCUCUCAGGUUACACCUGGAGCAUCCAGUAUGCCGAUGGAUCUGGAGCCAGUGGCACUGUAGGCACAGAUACCGUUAAGAUUGGUGAGACUACAGUCACUGGCCAAGCAGUUGAACUUGCCGACAGAGUUUCUUCUUCUACAUUUGUCACUGAUGAAUCUGAUGGACUCAUUGGCAUGGCUUUUAGCAGCAUUAACACUGUUCCCCCACUCUUCGCCGCCUACCUCCCAUUCAAUGCGGAUGGAGCAUACGACUUCGGAUACACCGAUUCUUCCAAAUACACUGGAAGUAUCACGCACACCCCUGUCGACUCCAGAAACGGUUUCUGGGAAUUCCCCUCUACAUCUUACAAAGUCGGCUCUACCGCCCACAGUUUACCAGGAUUCACUGGUAUUGCCGAUACAGGAACCACACUUGUCCUCAUGAGCGACGCCGUCAAUACUGCAUACUAUGCUCAAGUGUCUGGUGCCAAGUACUCCAGCACUGAUGGAGGAUACGUAUUCCCUUGCAAUGCUACUCUCCCUACUUUGUCGUUCAAAAUCGGCCCAACUGACUACGCGACGAUCCCGAGUUCUUUGAUGAAUUUUGCAGCUACGGAUGGAAACAAUUGUUACGGCUCGCUUCAAAGUGUAGCUGGCGGUAUUCAGAGCAUCUAUGGAGAUGUUUUCUUCAAUGCUUACUAUGGAGUUUUUGACAAGAGUGGACCUUCAUUUGGUUUCGCUACUAGUGCUUCUGCUUAA